AAGCCGAACCCUCUCUUUCCCAUCCCAUCCCCACACACUCUCACUCGGAGCAUAAGAAGUAUCGACGCACACUCUCUCACCAGAAAGAACAGCUCUCUCUCUCUCUCUACCUCAUUUGACGAUCUCCCCAAUGCUCUUCAACCCUCUCUCUCUCCUCCCUUAAGAAUCACCUCCCCUCCUCUCUCUCCCACCUCUUCCUCCCCCAAGGAUCCUCCGCUCUCCUCAAUCCAUCCCGCCGCAUUUAGGCAGUGAUCGGUUGAGUAUAUUGAGGGUCGGUGUGGAGGAUGGCUUCCAUUACCCAGCCACCGGUAACGUUUACCGGCACCGCUGCAUCUGAUCUCCUGCGAAGCUCCAGCAACGGUGUCAGUGGGAUUCCGCUGAAAGCCUUAGGUAGGGCUCGAUUCAGUACCAGGAGAAGGGACCUAGCAGUUAGUGCGAAGCUUAGGAAGGUCAAGAAGCACGAGUACCCGUGGCCAGAUGAUGCAGAUCCGAAUGUUAAAGGAGGAGUUCUCAGCCAUCUCUCAUAUUUUAAACCCAUGAAGGAGAAGCCAAAACCUGUCACAUUGGAUUUUGAGAAGCCACUUGUUGAUUUCGAAAAGAAAAUAAUUGAUGUGCGCAAGAUGGCAGAUGAAACUGGCUUGGACUUCACCGAUCAGAUUAUUUCCCUAGAGAAUAAGUAUCAACAGGCCCUAAAGGAUUUAUAUACUCAUCUGACUCCUAUUCAACGUGUGAAUAUUGCACGGCAUCCUAACAGGCCAACCUUCCUUGAUCAUGUGUUUAGCAUCACCGAAAAGUUUGUCGAGCUUCAUGGAGAUAGAGCAGGGUAUGAUGAUCCAGCUAUUGUCACCGGUAUAGGAACUAUUGAUGGUGAGAGAUAUAUGUUCAUGGGUCACCAAAAGGGUAGAAAUACAAAAGAGAACAUACAGCGCAACUUUGGGAUGCCUACUCCCCACGGUUACCGGAAAGCUCUGAGGAUGAUGUACUAUGCUGAUCACCAUGGGUUCCCCAUUAUUACUUUCAUUGAUACACCUGGGGCUUUUGCAGAUCUCAAAUCAGAAGAACUAGGCCAAGGUGAAGCCAUUGCUCACAAUUUGAGGACUAUGUUUGGGCUUAAGGUCCCCAUUGUCUCAAUUGUUAUUGGAGAGGGUGGUUCCGGUGGUGCUCUAGCUAUUGGCUGUGCGAAUAAAUUGCUAAUGCUUGAAAAUGCUGUCUUCUACGUUGCAAGUCCUGAAGCAUGUGCGGCGAUCUUGUGGAAGAGUGCCAAAGCAUCUCCAAAGGCCGCUGAGAAGCUGAGGAUUACAGGUACAGAGUUGUGCAAGCUACAGAUUGCCGAUGGCAUUAUCCCAGAACCACUUGGUGGUGCACAUGUGGAUCCAUCGUGGACUUCACAACAGAUAAAAGCUGCAAUUGUUGAAUCAAUGAACGAGCUCAAGGAGAUGAAUACUGAGGACUUGCUUAAGCACCGUAUGCUGAAGUUCAGGAAAAUUGGUGGAUUCCAAGAAGGAAUACCUAUUGAUCCUAAGAGGAAAGUGAACAUGAAAAAGAAGGAAGAGCCCAUGGCAGGUCAGAUAUCGGACAAGGAGCUGGAGGGUGAAGUCGAAAAGCUGAAACAGCAAAUCUUAAAAGCCAAGGAGUCGUCAACUGAGUUGUCUGAGUCAGGUCUUAAUGAGAUGAUUGCAAAACUAAAGAGGGAGGUAGACCACGAAUUUAAUGAGGCAGUUAAAGCUAUGGGCUUGAAUGAAAGACUCGAGAUGUUGCGGGAAGAGUUCUCCAAAGCAAAUUCUGGGGAUCAAAUAAUGCAUCCUGGUCUGAUGGACAAGAUUGAUAAACUCAUAGAUGAGUUCAACCAAGGCCUCUCAGAGGCACCCAAUUAUGCAAGUCUGAAGAAUAAGCUUGGCAUGUUGAAGGACUUGUGUAGAGCCAAAAACGAAGAGAAGGUUGCCUCACUGAAGCUUGAAAUCAACAAGAAAUUUAACGAGGUCUUGGACCGUCCCGAGAUAAAGCAGAAGAUGGAAGCUUUAAAGGCAGAGGUGGAGAGUUCUGGAGCUACUUCCAGUGAGGAUAUCGAUGAAGAACUGAAGAAAAAGAUCUUGCAGACGAGGAAAGAGAUUGAGGCAGAAUUGGUCCAAGUUCUUGAAUCUAUGGGCCUGGGAGUUGAGACUGUAAAGUCUGUAUCAGUGGACCUAAGCCAGCAGAUCCCUCUCCCUGACGUUAAAGGCAGAAUAGAAAAUCUGAAUGAGAAAGUCAACCAGAAAAUAGAGGAAGUAAUGCACUCCCCUGAUGUGAAGAACCUCGUGGAGACUCUCAAGAUGGAGGUGGCAAAGGCAGGAAACAUACCCGACUCCGCAUCAAAGAGUAAGAUCGAGGCUCUAGAGCAACAGAUCAGGAUGAAGGUUUCUGAUGCCAUAAAUUCCUCUGAACUCAAGGAAGAGCUUGAAGAGCUAACUGGGGAGAUCUUGAAAGUGAAUGAGUCUUCACUACAGAAUGGGAGUCUGAAGGGAGACUCUCCAGUAGAGGUUAACGUGCCUGCGAGCAACAGCUAGGCGUAGUGUGAGUUUGUCUUUUUCUCACAGUAUCAGCAUUUUAAGCAUCACCUCACUAUGUAUUCUGGCGGCGAAGUUGGAAGAGCUAAUAGAUGCGGUUUGGACGAGCAGCUGGAAGUGCAUUUAUUUCCGUUAUGCAUAGGAUUAUUUAAAUCUUAGAUUUCAUCAAUACCCUGUGAGCAUUCCGUUUCUCUCGAGUGUUUCCUUUUUUUCCUCUGAUUAGAAGAUAUUAAUUCAUCAGAUAAAUGUUUACGUUCUGCUCGAACAUAGUUUUCUCAUUUCUGUAGUUCCAAGCACAUUGCAUUGACUAUGCAAUAGCCGGGAAAUGCUACAAUGGCAUGCUUCCAUACAUAAAAAUAGCUCAGGUGGUUUCUCAGUUUUGUCUGUUCGGAAAAUCUUUUGAGUUAUAAGGUAUUUGUUUUUCAA